CCCCUCCCUCGCCCCCCUCCCCGCGUUGCCCCCCCCCCCCGCAGCCCCCGCGGUGCCCCCCGGUGCCCCCCCAGCCCCCCCUUGCCCUGCAGUGCAGUUCUCCACCGACGGUCACUCCGCCGCCUUCUCCAUCCGCAUCCGGCACCCGCCCACCCCCCGCCUGUACGGCCCGGCCGGGACCCCCGGGGACGGCGACGGGGACGGGGACGGGGACAGUGAGAGCGCCGGGGACAGCGCCGGGGACGGGGGGUACAACAUCUCGGCGCUGGUGACCGUGGCCACCAAGACGUUCCUGCGCUACGACAAACUGCGCGGGCUGAUCGCCAGCAUCCGCCGCUUCUACCCCUCCGUCACCAUCGUGGUGGCCGACGACAGCCAGCGCCCCGAGCCCCUGUCCGGGCCACACCUCGAGCACUACCUCAUGCCCUUCGGCAAGGGCUGGUUCGCCGGGAGGAACCUGGCGGUGUCGCAGGUCACCACCAAGUACGUGCUGUGGGUGGACGACGAUUUCAUCUUCACCCCCCGCACGCGGCUCGAGAAGCUCGUGGACGUGCUGGAGAGAACCAGCCUGGACCUGGUGGGGGGCGCGGUGCGGGAGAUCACGGGUUACACCACCACGUACCGGCAGCGGCUCAGCGUGCGGGGGGGCGGCGCGGGGGGCGACUGCCUGCGGACCCGGCCCGGCUUCCACCACCGCCUCGCCGGCUUCCCCGCCUGCGUCGUCACCGACGGCGUCGUCAACUUCUUCCUGGCCCGCACCGACAAGGUUCGCCAGGUGGGCUUCGACCCCCGCCUGCGCCGCGUGGCUCAUCUCGAGUUCUUCAUCGACGGGCUGGGGGUGCUGCACGUGGGCUCCUGCGAGGACGUGGUGGUGGACCACGCGUCCAAGCUGGCGCUGCCCUGGCGGCGCUCGGAGGGCGAGCGCCAGUACAACCGGUACCGGUACCCGGCGGCGCGGGACGACAGCCUGAGGCUCAAACAGCGCCUCUUCUUCUUCAAGAACCGCUUCAAGUGCAUGGCCGGGGACUGACACGACCACCGGCACGGCCACCGGCACGGCCACCGGCACGGCCACCGCCCGGGGGAGGCUGACGGUGAGGUGACAUGGGGACACCCCCAAGGGACACCCCACGGGCCACCCCCGGAGCACCUGCUGGGCCGCUGGCACCGGAGUGGCCCCCGAGUGGCCCCCGGGCUGUCACACCCCAUGGGUCACCCCCAGAGUGGCAUCACUGCCACGGACACUCCAUGGGCCACCACCCUGGCCACCGGCCCGGCCACCGCCCAGGGGGUGCUGACAGUGACACAGGGACACCCCCAAGGGACACCCCCAAGGGACACCCCCUGGGCCACCGUCGCCAGCCACCCCCGGAGCACCCGCUGGGCCGCUGGCACCAGGGUGGCCCCCCGGCUGUCACACCCCGUGGGUCACCCCCAGUGGCAUCACCACCACGGACACUCCGUGGGCCACCACCACUGGCCACUGCUGGGGUCCCACAGGGCCACUGAGGGUGGGAUGACACAGGGUCACUGCUCCUGGACAACCCCGUGGGCCACCACUGCCCUCGGGGUGGCCACAGGGCUGCUGACACCUGGGUGACCCCCGGGUGGCCCCUGGCCUGUCACACCCCGUGGGUCACCCCCAGAGUGGCCACCCCCCCGUGGGACACCUCGAGGGUCACCACCCCCAGGCCACCACCGUGGGCCACCACCCCUGACUGUCCCCGGGGCACCCACGGGACACCCCCAGGGCCACUGACCCCCCCGUGGGCUACCCCCAGGGCUGCCAUUGCUGGCCACCUCCAGGGCCUUCCCCAGGGCCACCCCCCUGGAGCACCCCUGGGGCCACCUCCAGGGCCACCCCCACCCAGGGCCACCUCCGGGGCCACCUCCAGGGCCACCGCCAUCGGCUGCUCCCGGGGGUGCCAGGGGGGCACCGACACUGGCCCCACCCCCAGGGCCACCCCCGGGGCCACCCCCACCACGGGCCACCUCCAGGGCCUUCCCCAGGGCCGCCCCCCCUGGAGCCCCCCCGGGCCACUGCCAUGGGCCACCACCCAGUGCCACCCCCAGGGCCACGCCGGGGUCCCUGGAGCCCCCCCGCCCCCCCCCCCGCGGUGUUUUUAGCUCUUUUGUACUUUGGGGGGUGGGGGGCGGUGUUGGGGUCCCCCCCCGGGGGUCGGGUCCCCCCUCCCCUGACUGUCCCCCCCUCCCCCCCGGUUUUCUAUUGUACAGCCCCUCCCCCCGCGCUGCCCACGGGAUUUUUGUGCCAAGUCUCGGCCCCUCCCCCCGGGACCCCCCCGGGACCCCCCCGGGACCCCCCGGGCCUGUUGGGGAAGAGGUUGGGGGAGGGGCUGCCCCCCCUGCCCCCCGCCCUUUUCUACCCAAUGGAUGGUGAGAUUUUAACCAGCCUGAAA